GUGGCUUAGGUCUCUGCCUCCUGUGCGUAAGAGCGCACAGAUGGAUAUGUUGACGGAUGCACUACUGAAAACGCGCAAUCGGAGCUCGUGAAAACGUCUCUGGAAGGACGUACAAAAGCGCAUCUCAGUGCAAAGGAGUAACUUCGAUAAACUCUAGUUCAACCCACGGAGAUUUUAUUAUUAUUAUUUUGGUUGCGUUUUUCUGUUCCUUUUCUAUUUUUCUGUAUUUUUGGAUGAUGAUAUGCUGGUAAAUAUGUCCAUCAGCGCGGAUGACGGUGCGUCGCUCCUUGGCUGCAUGUUUUUGGACUUCUCCUGUCAUGAUCGUGCGCUUUUCCUCGUCUCUCCAAGUGUGCUCGUUUCUGCGUGAAGUUGAACGGAGGAAAAAGCGCGAUGAGAGGGAAAUUUUUUCUGCUCGCCUUCUUGUUGCUCAAACUUAUGGCUCUCGUGUGUAAGGCCGACGGGGAGCCAGGACUGCUCGGGGGAUUCGUCAUGAUCGCCACCUCCAACGGCUCCCGGGAGGAGGAGAGCGUGUCGGAGGAGACGCCGCACACGGAGGACAAGUGCCGGGGCUACUACGACGUGAUGGGCCAGUGGGACCCGCCGUUCAUCUGCAAGACGGGCAAUUAUCUGUACUGCUGCGGCACCUGUGGCUUCCGCUUCUGCUGCUCCUUCAAGCACUCGCGGCUGGACCAGAGCACCUGUAAGAACUACGACACCCCGGUGUGGAUGAAGACCGGGCAGACCCCCUACAAGAACAUCGACAAGAUGCACGACAGCACCAAAGCCAAGACGAACUUAAUUGUUUACAUUAUUUGUGGAGUCGUGGCUAUCAUGGCUCUGGUUGGGAUUUUCACCAAACUGGGUUUGGAGAAGGCGCACCGGCCCCAGAGAGAGAACAUGUCCAGGGCCGUUGCCAGCGUGCUGCAGGGCGGGUGUCCAGGUGAGCCGUUCCGGGGAGAGGAGGCCCUAGGGAUGCACUCACAGCACUUUGUUGGCAGGCCUGCGAACCUCCAAGGUGGCCAGAUUAACAACAAUGUGGGGCCGGGCUCCAGCAUUGGCCAGCAGCACCCUUACCCUGCCCUCAGCCAGCUGGCUCAAGUCUAUGAGCAUCAGCAGCAGCAGCAGCAGCAUCAUCAGCAGCAGCAGCAGCAGCAGCAACAACAACAACAACAACAACAACAACAACAACAACAACAAAACAUGGAUGUGAACAAGUAUGCCUCCCUGAAGGCAGUAGCUGCCAAGUACAAUGGUGAACUCUACAGCAAGCGGCGGCUGAUGGUGGAGCUGCCAACAAAAAGCAGCCUUCCUCUCCAACCGACGAGCAACCCCCGACCCUCCAUGGGCAACAUGUCAUCAAUGACUCCUCUGAUGGCCGCCAACUCCAUGGCUUCAAACCUCAUGACCUCCAAUCACAUGAACCCCACCAUGACGCAGAUGGCUUCAAUGACCCAAAUGACAUCAAUGACAGCAAUGACAUCCAUGCCUCAGAUGACCUCGCUUACCCCGAUGACCUCUAUGACUCCCAUGACCUCUUUAGGUCCACUGACUCCAGAGCCUGUGGCCACCUACGUGACUGAGAUGCCCAGCAUCUCGUCUGUCUCAACCCUCCCGACAGAGAGGCACAUAGCAGGUGUAGGAGGCGGGGGACUCAAGCCAAAUGGCCAAAAACCCAAAGGCAGCCACAGUCACACUGCCCACAGCUCCCACAGCUCCCACACUCAUGCUCACAGCUACAGUAGCAAGGUGCCAGGCCUUGGGGCUUCUUCCCUGGCACAUAUGGUGGGGACCAUGCCAGGUGGCACUUCCCUGGGCAUCUCCAGGGCCGCUGAGACCGCCUUUGGCUCGAGCUCAGCUACGAUGGGCCGUCCAUUUGCCUACAGCUCCAACACAAUCGCAACUGGGCAUGUGAUGGGGUUUGGGAUAAAGAGCUGGGACGGGACUGAGACGGUGGGCAGGAGGAAGAGCUACGGGCACAAGAGGCCCCAGUGUACCGUGCUGGAGCCAAACCAGCUCCACAGCACUAGGGGCCAAAGUCACAGCCAACACUUCCUCCCCACACAGCCCUACUUUGUGACCAACAGCAAGACAGAGGUGACUGUGUGAGAGAGCAUGAACAAGAGAGGGGAGAGGAUGCGUGUGGAGUGGUGACACAAGUCAUCUCUGAUGGGAGAUGCCAACUCCUUGGGUGUUCAGAGCUCCAGAUGAAAUGGAGCUUCAUUGCCGUGACGUGUCUGAGUGAAAGUUGCCUUGAAAACAGAGCUCACCAAUCAGAUCACUCAAAAGACCUUGAUGGUGACAACAUACAAUAAGUACCCGAGAGCCUAAAGAACAGGUGAUGUUUGUACAUUCGUGCUGAUGUUCGAGUGUUGUCUCCUUCUCUGUAAUGAUGAGUAUGUCUGAGUAUUAGAGAAAGGCUGAAAUCAGAUGUUCCUACGGGAAACCAAACCUGAGAAGCAAUACCAUGAAUGAAGAGUCAAGCAUUAAUCCCAGUAACAAAGAAAAACAGCAGUAAUACCCACAAACCUGUCUGAAACGUUUCCUCACUGCCAGAUGAAACACUGAACGGCCUGGAAGAAAUAACCUUCACUCAUGAUUCACAACCGCAUCUCCUGAGGGCUUUCAAGGAGACGGACACAAUGAUGAUGAUGACGGUGGAUGGGCUUCGGGUUUGCAGACAGCACCUUAUUAAGCUCUUCCCCGUCGCGCUGGCAUUGUUCUGCUCUGAUCUUUGUCCGUUUGGUGACAGCUCACCCAGAUAUGAGGAGGCAGGGAAGGCAGCACCGGGGGCAGAUGCUGCGACUCAUCAUGCGACACGUUUCCCCAAACGGAUAACUGUGGCAGAAACAGGACAAUUCUAACUAUUUAAAUCUAUUUAACACCCCAAAAACUCCCCAAGGUCCUUUAGUUUGAAUAAAGUGGCAGCUACUUUAAUAUGAUAAAACUACAACUGCACAACCAAAUAUGUUGCUGGAUAAAUAUCUUUAUGCUUAACGAUGAAGUAUUGAUUUCGUUCAUGUCUAUACCUCGAUAGCAAAUCUAGAGGCAACAGGUGACGGAGUUUGAUACAUGAGAAACACUUUUUCAGUAGAAAGGAAAUGAAAUAUGUCUGCAAACACAGAGAAGCAUCAAUAAUUAACCUGGCAUUAAUUAUGAGUAUAAAUAAAACCCAUACAGUUAUCUCUAUAUAUUAUGUAAACAAUCCUAUAAUUAAUCGUUUUCUGCCACCUUUAAAUUUUGCCUUUAGUUAAAAAAAAUCUUUAGAGGGGAAACAAAAUCACCUCAGCCACAUUCUUGCUGUAAAACAUCACAGUUCCUGGAGAUCCCAGGUUUCUCACAAAGAUCAUCGAGGCCUUUGGUGGAGGAACAGGCCCAUAACAUUACAGAUCCUCCACCGUACUUAGCAGCCAGCAGGAUGCCUUUUUUGACAUAUUCAUUCUUUGUUUGAAGCUCAACACACACUGUGCAGUUUCAUUAUUUGUACAGGGCUUGAACACAUUCCAUUGUGCAAGAUCAGCAUGAUGAGGUCCUGUGAAGUUUUUAUAGAGUGGUGGAAGGUACUAGGGGGGAAAAUUUAGCAUAUUUCUGGUAUUUAGAAGUUACUUAAAAUGAAGAACAUCAUAUCAGUGGGAUAUAAGGAUAAAUAUCAUAAGUUGUGAUAAAUCUAAAAUACCUAUAUCACAAAAUUUAAGUUUAGGCUAUAGUGUGAUAUUUUAAAGUCUGUCCAUAGUUAUAAUAAUGUUAGCGUCUGACCCUCCUGUUCCACAUAAUCCAAAUGCAUGGAUGUACUUACUUUAUGCCAACUUUCUAUAACUUUGCAGACUCUCCGAACUAACUAAAUCUGAACUAACCCUUUAAUGGCCACACUGAUCUGUCAGACUGCAUCGAUUAUUGCUGCAGCAAAAUCAUGUGAGUUUGACACUGAAAAGAGGAAGAUGAGGAGGGAAAGGAGGGCACUGUGGGAAAGACGAAGACAACAAUCAUGCUGCAUGUUUUCCUCAGAAACUUUCAGGCACUGAUUGAUAUUUGUCUCGGGUCAUCUUGGGUCAGGACAGAGAAUCCCUCACCCUGACGGACCACACUGAACCGGCUGAUUUAUGAUAACCAGACCGCGCGAACCCAAACAAACACAACCUGACCAUUUAAUUGCUGAAAAGAUCAAUCUUAACUUGAUCCGAUCAAAGCACACAGUUCCAGUAGAGUUUAGUAUAUUUUACAAGAACAGAAAAGGUUUUUUAUUUCACCAGUGAAUAAAUAUUCAUACUAAAUAUAUUGGUUGGAUUUCUCUAAUAAACUAAAAUAUUAAUUGAUUGACUUUAAGGCCUUUUACCAGAGGGUGCUGUAAUAAACACUCUGCAACAUCUCAUUCUAGUGGACCAAAUGGGCCAUUUUAAAGUUUAAAUCUCAGACAGCACCCAGUAAAGUUGUGGAUCUGCAUCUCAGAAACAUUUAUUUCAAACUUAACUUUAGACCUUAAGGUGCUUUAAAGAUUCCCUUUCAGACUGCUAGACUUGAUGCAAGAAAAAACUAACAGAGGCAGUGUAUGUAAAACUAAUACAUAUAUCUAACCUGCUAAAACCACUGCCACAAGGAGCUUUCUCUAUUAGUUCAUUCACUGACCUCGAGCUUCAAGCCCCAGAAGGAGAAAACAACCAUCUGGAAAAAUCUAUGUGGGUUAAAUGACUCAAAUAUAGAAAUAAGCCUGUGAGUGUGACAAAUAGGCCAAACCUUCGAAGGGCUUCUUCAAGCCUGUUUGCAUGUUUCUGUUUUAUUUUAACUCAGCAGCAACAGCUACAGUUCUCUCGUCUAGAGCGCCGUCUCUGUGAUUAAAUAAAGAUUUUAGCAGAGAAGAAGUGAGAACAUAGAAGCACAAACAGCUGUCGAGAGGCUUGGACCCACAACAACAGGUCUGUAGGUUGGCAAAAAGCAAAGAGAAGUGUUAAAAGCUUGUUUUAAACCUGGAGAAAAAGCGACGAAGAGGUGCAUGUGACAAUCUGGUGAGAGAGAAAUAUGUUAAAUUAUAAUGUGCCUGUCAGAGACACGUUUUAUUACAGCAUCUAAAUCAAAAAUGACUAAGCAGGCCAAGUGUGAGAUAAAGAGGAUAUUUUUGACGAAUGCUGUGCAACACCCUGCUGCCUUCGAGGGUCACAUGACCAAAGACCUGGGACCCGACUGAAGGCACGGAACGGGAAUUAAAAAGUUGACAGAGUAUUACGAUGCGUCACAUAUACAGGACGCCCACCAGAUCCACGCAUGCCAAGCGGCAGGUAUCAUCCCAGCAGAGAGACGAAGAGUCAGCGCCGCUUCUUCAUCUGCUGUUCAAGAAAGACUGUGAAACUCCAGAUCUCGGCCCCUUUGUAGCUCUUACUGACAUUAUGCUUUUUAUACAGAACAGUAAUAUACAUAGCCUUUCUCUCUUCGUAUCUGUUUCUAUUUAUCCUUUCUCCCUUUAUACAUUAUAUGAAGGGAAUAGUUUCAAUGCAGAAAUAUCAGAAACUACUUGAGAUUGAUGAAUAAUCAGAGAUAAUAUUGCAUUUUGAGAGAUGUGUUUGGUUUCCCUUGUGUGAGCUAAAAAAUGUAAAAGGUAAAAAUGUUAUUCUUCAGUUUUGUACCACUGCCUGUCCCUUUGAACACUGCACAGACUUUUCGCCAGGCUGUGUGAGAAGAUCCUGAUAUUGUCUCUGAGGGGAACCAAACCCAACCAACACAAAAUUAAUCAUGUAAAAUUCAGAUGAUUAAUCUUUCAGAUUGUGAGGACAUCUCUCCCUUUUCAGAUCACCACACAGAUUUGGCUCUAGACUCUAAAUGUUCAUUUUUCUCUGCUGAAGCCAGUCUUUGCUCAGUUUGGCAGCAUGCAUGGACUCAUCGCAGCUUUAUGGGAUCAGGAAGUGAUAACUUUCAUCUGCCUUGAUAAACACUGUAGUUUCAUUGGAGGAAGAGUAACCUUUGAGCCAUGAUGCAGCCACCACCAUGUUUUACUGUGGGUGUAAGGUUCUUUUAGAAGAAUUUAAGAGCAGAAAUAUGACAAACAAGCUGCUGUUUUGAUAAAUACUGCCUGUAAUCAGACGCUACAGUCGUGGAGAGACACACUUCCAGCGGUUGUCCCUGUAUAGGUUGUAAAAAUGGGAAAUUAAAGUGGUUUAUUCUGCAAGGCAAAGAAAAAGUAAUUUUCUUUGCUGUUUCUAUCCCCUUGAACACCGCAUAUAUUUUGCUUCACUGACAUUUGCCUUGGCUAUGUGUGUAAAUCCAUCUUCAGUAAGCAGUCUCUGAAGACAUCUAAACCCAAACAGAACAAAGAUAAUCAUAUGAUUCAAAAACCCUGUCUGCAGCCACCCGGAAUCUUUCACAGAUCUCGCUCUUUUCCCUGGCGGAUUGUAGUUUUGAUGGUUCCAGAGUGAACGGAAAGGUCAGAGUUUGUGAUCAGAGCCAAUUGAAUGAAUGCAGCCAGGCAGAAAGCUGCAGACAUUUUGUCAAGGCUUCCUUAUAGUGCCAAUUUAUGGAGCCAACAACUGGUGAGCAGGCAGAGCAGCAGAAACAAUUGGGAAACAAAUCAAAGCAAGAUUAUCAUUGCUCACAAUUAGGGGCCCAAAUAAACCAGUCAGAAAGCUGGGAUGUGGCUGCUCUGUCUGGGUCACGGCUGAUAGGGUCAGGACCACAGAUGAGUGGGUUCAGAAGGCAGUGAUGUCUGACAUCAUUCGUCAGUCAGUCAGAGAAAAAAUGCAGCUGCAGAGAAAAGACACUGGCGGUCUGAAGGGUCAAACGGCCUCUAAAUAUUCCAGAUGAUGUCAACAAUGGUGCAUUUUUCCCAGAAGCAUUUAAAGGAUGAGUGAAGCUUGCUUUUGGGUUGUUUAUUUUGACUCCUAUCUCAUCCUGACCGCUGAAAAUGGACCAAGCUUAGCAGAAAAACUGGCUUCUUAGCUGCAACAUUAAAACAACAUUAUUUAGUAUUUAACCUGUCGUAUAUUGUUUAUAUUCAUAGACAACAGAGAAAUACCUUAUACUGCAGCUUGUGGCUUUUUAGAAGUUAAAGCCAAAUUGUCAGUCAGCAUUUAACCUUCUGACACAUUCAUGUUGGAGAUGAACUUCAUAUCCACCUAAAAUUGUUCCAAACAAGGACAGUUGUGUUGUUAUACCAGCAACCGCACAGAAAUUGUGGAUCUGGACGGUUCUGGUCAUGUGAAAACAUGAAACCCUGAUCAGUCAUUUCCAAACUUGUUCCGUCUUUAAUUUAUCAUCCUGUGUAAUUCAACUAACUGUAAACCAAAUUCAUCUGCAAGGGGGAACAAAAUAAAGAUUAUAAUAGCUGCACUACCCUGGUUGCAUUAAUAUGUUCUUAAAUUUUUUUUUGUUUGUUUCAGCAUUCAGUCUUCUUUAGUUGGAGUCUACAGCAUGCAGCAUCUUGAUUUGCCUCCUCUGCCUUACAAAGGUUCCCUAAAUCCAUCAAACUGUGGGAACAUCUGUUGUCCAAAGCACUCUUCAGGUGACCCCCCAGAUUGUCUUCCCAGUCUGGAUCCUCACAAGGAGUUUACAAAACGUAACCCUUUAUUUUUGGUGACUUGGUUGACAGGAAGUGUUUCUAUAUUCACCUACAGUGACAAAACCUUAGUUCCACCUGUACAAAGGUCACCCCAGAGCAUGAUGUUGCCACCACCAUGCUUUACUGUGGGUAUGGUGGGUUGGUAAUGCUGAUGGUUGUUUUUGUGGCCUAAAAGCUUAGGUUUGGUUUCACCAGACCAUGACAUGUUCUCCCUCGAGGUUUGGGGAGAUUUUAACCAGGCAUGAAGCUUUUCAAUGGAAGAAAAGCGUUUCUUUUCCUGCAAGUCUUCUCUCUGGUCCAGAUAUAUGGAAAAUGCAAGAGAUACUUCGUUCGUUCGUUCGUCGUCUUCCGCUUAUCCGGGACCGGGUCGCGGGGGCAGCAGACUCAGCAGAGACGCCCAGACGUCCCUCUCUCCAGACACCUGCUCCAGCUCCUCCAG